GCGCGGGCGACGGCUGUCCAGGAUUGGUCAGCUGGUGAGCGCGGCCGAAGUGUCAGGUCCAGCCGGCAGCACUGAGGUAACCGAGGCAGGGGGCGCGGCUGGCCGACUCCCGGCCACCACUGGGGACCCUCGCCCCGCAACUUCGCCUUGCCCCGCGCGCUCCCGCUUCUGUUUUGUAGUGGGGGGGGGCUGUAUUGCGCUCUGAUUCCCGCCUAGUUCUGCGCCUGCGCCCCGCGCGGCGGCGCUGAUUGGCCCUCAACUCGGGGCUCUCCUGACUGAAGGGCCGUGCUGGCUUUCGAAAGGUGUUCGGGGGCUGCGAUUGGCUGCGACACGGCUGUGUCCGCCCCCCUCCCCUGUCUUCCCCGGUUUCGCCGCCGCCGCCAUUAGAGGGGUUGCUUUGUGUCUCCUGAGUCUGCCGGCUGACUUGAAUGGCUUUAUUCUGCUGGACCAGCUUCCUUAUCAGGACAACAGGCUGUGCACCAGGUUCUCUAAUUAAAGGUUGACUCCUCACUGCACUGUGAAAGCCAUUAGGAAAAAUCUUUGUGGUUAAAACCUGGGGCUCCACAGUGUUACCUGCACUUGGGGCUAGAAAUUAAUUUAAAUGGCGACUGAUCUGUCUGAAGCUGAACCCUUACAUCAUAAGGCGCUUCCAUUGUUAACGGGAGCUCAGCUGACCCACACGGACAAGUUAAGUGAGAAGGUUGAAGACGACACCAUGCCGAUCCGUCGUGCUGUGAAUUCUUCUGCUCGGGAAACUCCUCCCAAAAGCAAACCUGCUGAAGGUGAGGAGGCCAAGCCAGACCCGGAAGUCAGCUCUGAGGAAUCUGCUUCUACUGGAGAGGAGCAAGAAAAUGAAACUCCACCUGCUACAUCCAGUGAGACAGAGCAGCCAAAAGAACCAGAGAGUGAGAAGGGAGAAGCAAAGUCUUCUGAAGAAACCAAAAAGGAUGAGAAGGAUCAGUCUAAAGAAAAGGAGAAGAAAGUGAAAAAGACCAUUCCCUCAUGGGCAACUCUUUCUGCUAGCCAACUAGCUAGAGCACAGAAGCAAACACAGAUGGCUGCCUCCUCGCGCCCAAAGAUGGAUGCCAUCUUAACUGAGGCCAUCAAGGCAUGCUUUCAAAAGACUGGGGCAUCCGUGGUUGCCAUACGUAAAUACAUUAUACACAAGUACCCUUCCCUGGAACUUGAGAGGAGAGGCUAUCUUCUAAAGCAAGCACUGAAAAGGGAACUGGAGAGGGGAGUCAUCAGACAGGUGAAAGGAAAGGGAGCCUCUGGGAGUUUUGUGGUGGUCUCUAACACAGGGAAAACUGUUCCAAAAUCCAGAGACAGAAAGAGAAGUACCUCCACAUCCACUCCAGAGCAGCAAGUCAAGCUAGAAGACAUCCUUCCGCUGGCAUUCACCCGCCUUUGUGAACCUAAGGAAGCUUCAUACAGCCUGAUCAAAAAAUAUGUAUCUCAGUAUUACCCCAAACUCAAGGUGGAUGUAAGACCCCAGCUGUUGAAGAAUGCCCUGCAGAGAGCAGUAGAGAAGGGCCAGUUAGAGCAGAUCACAGGCAAAGGAGCUUCUGGAACAUUCCAGCUGAAGAAAUCAGGGGAGAAGCCCCUACUUGGUGGGAGUCUGAUGGAAGAUGCCAUCCUGUCUGCUAUUGCUGCCAUGAAUGAACCGAAGACUUGCUCCACCACAGCUCUGAAGAAGUAUGUUCUGGAGAACCACCCAGGGACCAAUUCCAACUUCCAGGUGCAUCUACUGAAGAGAACCCUGCAGAAAUGUGAGAAGAACGGCUGGAUGGAGCAGAUAUCUGGGAAGGGUUUCAGUGGCACCUUCCAGCUCUGCUUCCCUUAUUACCCCAGCCCAGGUGUGCUGUUCCCAGAGAAGCAGCAGGAGGAGGAUUCUGAGGAAUCUGAGGAGGAGGAAGAGGAGGCAGAAGAGGAAUCUGAGGAGGAAGAAGAAUCGGAGGAGGAAGAACCACCUCCAAAGAAAAGGAUGCAUAUGCGAUCCACCCCAAAAUCCCGGAGCAGGGCCCCUCCAGUGAAACGAAGAGAAUCCAAACCCAAGCCAAGAAAGGCCCCUGCAGCCCGCCGGGGGAAAGCAAAGCCCCCACCCAAGGUCAAAACCCCUGCCAAGAAAGCCAGACCAGCAGCCCCAUCCAUCAAGAGGCCCUCUGGUAGCAGCUCUUCCAAGAAACCAGCAGCGAGCGGGAGGAAAGAAGCGAAAUCCCCUACCAAGGGCAAAUCCACCAUGAGGAAGUCUCUCCGGGCAAAAAAGUAAACUUUUCCAAUGUGUCAGGGAAUCCCAUGGUCAAAUCCACAAUCUUGUUUUAUAACGUCAACGUGCAUUUGUAUUUUAGUUCUAAUGCUUAAACACUUAAUUUUUUUUUUUUUUCUUGAAUGAUGGGGAAAAGCUGAAAACUAAGUCAAACCAACCCGAGUUAGAUCUAGAUGCCCUGUGCCUGCCCUCCCCUAGAACAAGUCGUCUUUAGUUUUUGCAAUAAUUUUAGGGCUUUUCUAGAGUGUGUAAUCUGUACAUUUUAUGGUGUUUGUUUUGGGUUUUUGCUUUCAAAACUUGUUCAAAAAAGAUUUUUAUAUCUUUACGCAGCAGGAACAGGAUUAUUGGGGAAAUGUAACUCUGAAGUGAAAAGGCAAAACUGCAGGAGUUUUCUCCUUAGAUUUCCUGCAUGGUAACUAACACAAAGGGUUCCUAAUGCUUCUAUGGAGAAGCAAAAUAUAUACAAUGCUCGCACUGAAUUCUGAAGGUGCUUCUCUCUGCAUGGCCAUUGUAGUGAUUUACUGAGGAGAUGUUUUGUUUGGCUGCUUCAGACCAACAAGUUCCCCUUGAAAAUGAGUCGGAUCUCAGAGUGAAUGCAAAACAUUCUGACCCAUCUGAUGUCAAAGGGGUCCCAGAAUGGGCAAUCUCCUGAGUUUCAGUUAGCCAGGUUGUCGUGAUUUGAGUAAGCGAUUCCACACAUCCUCCAUCUGUUACCUAAUACCAAAAUAUAUACAAGUCAUCUUUAAUCCAACUUUGAAAUGUUUUUUAAAAGAUGAAGAACCUGAGUUUUCACUUCUUGUUUGCGCUUUUUAAAAAAAAAAAAAGUGAGAGUUCUAUAACUCCUAAUGUAGAGUUGUUGAUAAGUGAUGAACCUGCAGUUUGCUAAAAUAAAAUUUAAACUAGAGUCCA